AUGUCAUCCGAGCAGCUCAUCCGCGUAACCGUCCUAGCAAACCGCAACCCCAAGCUCUCCGAAUCCGAAUUCAACCACCACUGGGCGCACAAACACGGCCCUCUCAUAACAUCCUGGCUCCAACGCCACGGUGUCGUGAAAUACGUCCAGUACCACACCACCUCCGCGCACAAAGCCCUGCUCAGCCAGCCUACGCUCUCGUAUGAUGGCAUGGCGGACUUUUGGGUGAGGAGGUAUGAGGACUUUGAGGAGGCGUAUAGGGAUCCGUUUUACCUUGAUGUUGUGAAGAAGGACGAGGAGUAUUUGUUUGAUGUGGAGAGUUUGGUAGUUACGGCGGGCGUGGAGGUGUGUGUUAUUGAGCAGGGGAAGGCCGUUCAAGCGCUGGGGGAAUGA